AUGUAGGGAUUAGAUUUGUGUGUGCUUCUAGGGGCAGGAGAAAUGUCCAGAGGGGAGGGUUCAACCCUGUGACGCGUGAAAUACCAAAGAGGCAGCCUGGAGGGUGUCUCUGCUGCCAAGUAAUAAACUUCAGAGAGAAAGGAAGAGGGAAUGUAAGCAAUUCUCAGGGAAUGCUGAGCUCUGGGACUGGAGAUUAAUAAAACAGACAAGAUGAAUGAACCAUGCUACAAAGAAGUCCAGGAUUUCUAUAUAUUUGACCUCAAGAAACCUAUCCUGAAAGAAGCGAAUGCUUGGCCACAGGCUGGAAAGAGCAGCAGCAGCUCUGGAGUUUCUCUUCCUUGCCCACAUGUGUGUGUUUGCCUCUCCUUGUUGUGCCUGACAGGCACUCUGCUGGCACAUCCUUAGUGUCUGCCUUUCCAGCCCUCUUUGCCCUUGGAGUUCUGCUCUGCCUAUGAAAACUUUGGCCGCUGUGACCAGGAGAGAGACAACAGCAUUGCAGCACAGUACUGGGACAUCAUGGAUUACAUGGAUCCCCAGGGACAUAAACUGUGUGGAACAUACAUCAAAGAUAUCCUGUGUCAGGAAUGUUCUCCAUAUGCUGCACAUCUCUAUGACACAGAAAACCCGUGGACCCCUCUAAGAAGCCUCCCAGGACUUACAGACUACUGCUCCGAGUUUCACCUUAACUGCUACUCUGCCAUCCACCUGCUGACCAGUGACGAGCACAUCCAGGCCACACCCAGGAGCCACCUGCUGCAGCUCCAGGACGGGGAUUACUGCUUCCCCCAGGCGCUGUGGAGCUCAGCCCUGAGCCGCAGCCUGGCCUGGGUGCUGGAGGAGAGUGGGGGCUGUGUCCAGCUGUGCCUGGCUGUGGGUGCCGAUGGCCUGAGGAACCUUGUGCUGAUGGCCCACGCCACUGACCAGACCCACCGUGCCUUCGUGGCUGAGCAGCUGGGCACAGAGGAGCUGUGCCUGGAGGAGCCAUCCCUGGAUAUUCAGAGCAUAGUGCUGGCUACCCCGUGGCUGGGGGAUGAGAGAGGGUUCCUGGGGAUGGCGUUCCACCAGCACAAAGACAACAGGAAGUUUUAUAUCUAUCGCUCCUACACGGCUAAGAACUGAGUGGAAAAGGUCAGGAUCAGUGAAUUGAAGGUUUUGGCAUCUGAUGCCAACAAAGAUGAUCCAAGUUCUGAAAGGAAUCUCCUGGAGCUUGAGGAACCAGCUACAAAUCACAAUGGUGGACAGUUGCUCUUUGGUGUGCAUGGCUAUUUUUAUGUAUUCACAGGGAAGAGAGAGAAAGCUGGAGACCCUCUUGGAAAAUUUGGGAAUGCUCAGAACAAGAGCACUUUGUUGGGGAAAGUGUUGAGGAUUGAUGUGGAUGGAAGAAGCCCUGGUGGGAAGCCUUUCCACAUCUGUCCUGAUAAUCCAUUUGUGUCUGAUCCCAAAGCUUGCCUGGAGGUUUGUGCCUACAGGGUCAGGAAUAUGUGAUGCUGUACAGUGGACAGAGGGGACCCUGUCACAAAAAAGGGAAGAGGGAGGAUAUUCUGUGAGGAUGUUGGGAAGAUCAGGUUUGAGGAAAUUGACCUCAUUGUUAAAGGAGGGAACUAUGGCUGGAGAGCAAAGGAGGGGUUUGAAUGCUAUGACACAAAGCUUUGCCACAAUUCCUCCAUGGAUGACAUUCUGCCAAUAUUUGCAUAUGGCCGCAGUGUGGGCAAGUCAGUUAUUGGAGGCUUUGUCUAUAGGGAAUGUGAAUCACCCAACCUGAAUGGCCUUUAUAUUUUUGGUGAUUUCAUGAGCAGUUGACUUGUGGCUUUACAGGACAAUGAGAAGACAAAUAAGUGGGAGAAGCAGGAUAUCUGCAUUGGCAGCACAACAGCUUGUGCUUUCCCUGGAAAGAUCAGUUCCUACAGCAAAUUCAUCAUCUCAUUUGCUGAGGACGAUUUAGGUGAACUGUACUUUAUGUCUACUUCUUAUCCCAGUGCCUAUGCACCAUAUGGAUUGCUCUACAAGCUCAUUCAUGCUGCAAGGAGAGCUCCACCAGGGAAGUGUAAAUACAAGCCUGUUGCAGUGCAAACGAAGAGCAAGGGGAUCCCAUUUGUUCCACGUGCAAAGACUCUCCUUAAGCUCCUAAAUGAACGUUCAACAACCAUGCCUCCAAAAAAAUUUUCUACCCUCGCUGCCGCCACCCCAAGGGUUACUCCUAAGAAAGGAAAAAAGACCCCAUCCACCAAAAUAAAAGCAUCAACAGCAAAAAUAGCUCCACUUGGUAAAGAGAGUCAGAGAGUCAAAGCUCAGGCUAAACCUCACAGGAGGAAGAUCAGACACAACUCCAGAACUGCACCAGCACCACCUUUGCCAAAAAAGAAGAGCUUCGACCUAGCCAGAACCAAGGAGGUUCUUCCAAAGGAAGCAGCAUUAACUAAGGGAAAAGUGGAAUAGAGGAGGAAGAAGCAGCUUUUGAAGCUCAGUGAUGUCCCAGAAAAAGCAAGUAGCCCAUGA